UUCUCGAAGAGGCAUAAAAAACGUCUUUCGCUCGCGACAACGAGAAAACAAGAAAAUCUUGUGAACACGGCCCAGAAAAUGGCAAGCCAAAGUUCAACCAAACAAAACGGAGAAGCGACAAUGGAGGAAGUGCCGGGGUCGAUUGUCACAUAUACAGAAAAAGAAAUAAAUACCUUCAAAGACGACAUGGCCCCUGAAAACACGAAAAAGAGUACGCCGCUUGCAAUCGUCCUGACUCGUGAUACUUAGAAAAGUAUACAAAACAGAGCUGAACUUGAACAGUAUUUCUAAAACAUUUCAAGGCACUUACCAUAUAUCAAUCGCGACGUUAAACUUUCAGUGCUUUAGCUUGGACACUUCAUUUCUUUCAGUUUUGCCGCCAAAGAGGUAAAA